AUGGUCUGGUCACCCCCCCAAAUCGGCUCCCGCCCCGUCGCCAUCCUUGGCGGUGGUGUCCUCGGCCGCCGCAUCGCCACUUCCUAUGUCGCCGGCGGUUUCAACGUGCACAUCCGCGACCCCUUCCCCCAGGCUCGUGAGGACGCUCUCAAGUACAUCGAGGAGAACAAGGAAGCCUACACCUCCUUCUGCCCCAACGGCAAGCCCGCCCAAUAUGGCACCUUCACUGCCUCCGAAGACAUCGAGACGGCGGUAAAGGACGCCUGGCUCGUCAUCGAGGCCGUUCCCGAGAAGAUCGAGCUCAAGAUCGACACUUUCGGAGAGCUGGACAAGUACGCACCCAAGGACUGCAUCCUUGGAUCCAACUCGAGCAGUUUCAAGUCUUCGUUGAUGCUGGACAAGGUCAGCGACGAGAGGAAGAAGUUGGUCUGCAAUAUCCAUUAUACCAUGCCGCCGACCAUCAGGACGGUGGAGUUGAUGACGGAUGGGUAUACCCAUCAGGAGAUCUUCCCGUUCGUGAGCGACGUGCUUAGGCAGUGCGGUAUGCUUCCCGCGACGGCCAGGAAGGAGUCUACUGGCUUCAUCUUCAACCGUCUCUGGGCCGCCGUCAAGCGUGAGAUCCUCACCAUCCUCGCCGAGGAGGUCUCCGAUGCCGCCGAGAUCGACGCCCUCUGGGCUCACAUGUUCCAGGCCUCCGUCCUCCCCUGCCAGCUGAUGGACCGUGUCGGUCUUGACACCGUUGCCUUCAUCGAGGACAACUACAUCAACGAGCGCAAGCUCGACGGCUCUUUGACCGUCGACUGGCUCCGCAGCAGCUACAUCAAGCAGGGCAAGCUCGGUCUCAAGACCCCCGAGCAGGGCGGUCUCUACCCUCCCUCCACCGUGGCCGUCAACCCUCCUCUCAACCCCGCUGCCUCCUCUGCCCAGGCUUCUGGUCCCAAGAUGCCCCCCAUCUUCGUCCUUGACGUUGGUCUCGGCGCCAACUCCCCCUCCUACCCUUCCCUGUCGGGCAUCUCCACUAACGGCAAGAUCCUCCGCCUCGACGCGCCCAACCAGCCCCCCAAGGCUUUGAUCACCGGCCUCCCCGCUCCCGAUGGCAUCGACGUCGACCCCUCCGUCAACCGUAUGUACUGGACCAACAUGGGCGCCGACGUGACCGCCAAGGACGGCACUCUCAUGUCCGCCACUCUGGACGGCACCGACAAGAAGGUCCUCCUGGGCGACGGUGUCCUGACCACCCCCAAGCAGCUCAUCCUCGUCAAGGAUCAGGAGAAGGGCACCGAGAAGCUCUACUUCUGCGACCGCGAGGGCUGCUCCGUGCACCGUUGCAACGUCGACGGGUCGGAGCACGAAGUGCUCGUGCAGAACCCCGGCAGCGUCGGCGACCUGAUGCACUGGUGCGUGGGCAUCACCGUCGAUCUUAAGACGCGCAAGUUCUACUGGACGCAAAAGGGCCCGUCCAAGUCCAACGCCGGCCGCAUCUUCCGCGCCAACAUCGACUUCGCUGCUGGCGAGAAUGCGUCUAACCGCAGCGACAUCGAGGUCGUGUUCGAUAAGCUCCCUGAGCCGAUUGAUCUGGAGAUUGAGUCCGAGACUGGUGUCUUGUACUGGACUGAUCGCGGUGAGCACCCGCGCGGUAGCUCGCUGAACUGCGCCCAGCCCGAUGGCGAUAAGCAGGUGAAGCUUCUGGCGAGACAGUUCCAUGAGCCCAUUGGUCUUAAGUUGGAUCUGGAGAGGAAGCAGAUCUUUGUUUGCGACUUGGGCGGUAGCGUUUAUGCGGUUGAUGUCGAGACCGGCAAGAAGACUGUUGUCCAUCGUGAUGAGGGAUCGUAUACCGGUCUUGUUACCCUGCCUCAGGCUUAG